AUGGCUUCUUUAGCUUUGAGAUCUAUUGCCAGAAACAGCUUGGUAUCAAGAGCUUUGGGCUCCCAAGCCAGACUCUUGUCAUCCUCCACUUUGACUAAGAAGUCCAACUACAACACCCCAGAUUUUGGUGACUACAUCAAGCCAAAUGGUGCCAACGAAAAGAGCCGUGCUUUCACCUACUUCAUGGUCGGUUCCUUCGGUUUAUUGUCCACCGCUGGUGCCAAGUCUACCGUCGAAGCUUUCUUGCAAACCAUGAGUGCUUCUGCUGAUGUUUUGGCCAUGGCCAAGGUUGAAGUCAAGUUGGCUGCCAUCCCAGAAGGUAAGAACGUCAUUGUCAAAUGGCAAGGUAAACCAGUUUUCAUCCGUCACAGAACCUCCGAAGAAAUUGCUGAAGCCAAUGCCGUUGAUAUCAGCUCCUUGAGAGACCCACAACAAGAUGCCGACCGUGCUAAGAACCCUGAAUGGUUGGUCAUGUUGGGUAUCUGUACUCACUUGGGUUGUGUCCCAAUUGGUGAAUCUGGUGAUUUCGGUGGUUGGUUCUGUCCAUGUCACGGUUCCCAUUACGAUAUCUCUGGUAGAAUUAGAAAGGGUCCAGCCCCUCUUAACUUGGAAGUUCCAGAAUAUGAAUUUGCCGACCCAGAAACCUUGAUCGUUGGUUAA